AUGGAGACUCCAGAAUUCUUCCAAGGAACAUACGACAACACCCAAUUCGCACCCGAAAAGCGACACUCAGAUGCCAAACCCGGUGACCAUUUCAUCAUUGAAGACCUCCUUGACUACCCUAACGACGAUGUUGCUGUCGAUGAUGGUACGUUUGACACCGUCGCCGGAACUUCCACUGAGUACUCCUCCACUGUCACCGCCGUUGAAAGCUGCAACUCUUCAUCAUUCUCCGUAAAUGAACCUCACUUUUCCGGGGAAAUGGGUUGCCGGAGUUUCUCUGAUGGCCAAUUCUCUAGCGACCUUUGCGUGCCGUACGAUGAUUUGGCUGAGCUCGAGUGGCUCUCCAAUUUUGUGGAAGAAUCAUUCUCUAGUGAGGAUUUGCAGAAGCUCCACCUGAUAUCAGGAAGGCAGGUCCGAACUGACGAAGUAUCGGAAAGCCACCAAACAUCUCGAAACACUUCGAUAUUCCAUCCCGAAAUGUCUUUCCCCGGGAAAGCACGUAGCAAGCGCUCACGCGCCGCCCCAUGCAACUGGACGACCCGCCUUUCCGUCGUCUCUUCCACCAACAUGACCACAAUGGCUUCGUCCUCAGACUCCGGCAUUGGUUCGAGUACCGGCGAGAAGACUGUGAAAGAGAUAACAAUAAAGAAGGAAGCCACAGACAACGCCGGCAAUACGAGUGGUGGGGAUGGGCGGAAGUGUCUUCAUUGUGCCACCGACAAGACACCACAAUGGAGGACUGGGCCCAUGGGCCCGAAAACACUUUGCAAUGCUUGCGGAGUCCGGUAUAAAUCGGGGCGGCUCGUGCCCGAAUACCGACCCGCAGCAAGCCCGACUUUUGUGCUCACUAAACACUCAAAUUCUCAUCGGAAAGUGAUUGAGCUGAGGAGGCAAAAAGAGGUACAAAGGGCUCGGCAACAGCAGCAACAUCAGUUUCUUCAUCAGAACAUGAUGUUUGAUCUAUCUAAGAUUGAUGAUUACUUGAUUCAUCAACAAACUGGGCCCAACUUUCAUCAGCUGAUCUAG